AUGCCAGAUAGCAACGGCUUCCAAGAAAGAGUUUUCAGUUCUUGUACAUGGUUUGAUGGAAAACUCAGCAAUGGACAGAAGGUUGACAUGACAUUCCAAAUGCGCCUUCUUUGCUACAAGAACAGUGCAUUCAUCCAGAACUACAAGCAAUGCAUCAAUGGUGCAAGAAAGGAAUGGGCUAAGAAUAGGACCAAGGAUCUCCUCAAGCUAACUGCCAGCAGAUGUGAAGAGGAGGAUUAUAACAGUGAUAUUAAUGCCAUGAUGGACAUUUACAACAAGAUUGAUGAGCCCCCAGCCCAGAACUAG